AUGUCGGUUGUGCGCUUGAGUUGUUGUAUGCGUACAAAAAUCAUACAAAAGCGCGGAAAAAAAUGGUGGGUUCGCCCAAGUUUGCAGAGCAGAAAAGUUGCAAAUGGAUCAAAAUUAUUAAACGAAUUAAGAGAAGAUGAUGAAUUAAAUUUUGAAUUACGAGGUUCAUUUCAUAAUUUUUUAAGAAUGUCAAGUUCAGAUUUUGAAUACAUAUUGUGCAAAAUAGAGCCAAUAAUAAAAAAAAAUCUGAUACUUUUAUGA